AUGUCGCUGAUUGGAAAGGUGGUUGCUGUAGAUGCUGCCGGCGCGACUGCGCUCUCUGGUGAGCUUGGUACGCAGAUUGCUGCGCAGUGGAAGGCGAGCCGUGCGUCAGCCUCCAAGCCCGGCGAGAUGCGUGUGCUCUACCCCAACGACUCGGUGCCGAUUGCGGCCGUGGCCCUCGGCGAGCAGAAGCAGGCGCCGACCACCGCGCCGGACGCGAUGCCAUCCGCCGACGCUUUUCUGCGGAACGAGCGCCUGGAGCGCACGCGCCUGGAUGCGGCCAAGGGUGCGCGCGCGCUGCGCGACCUCGGUGUGGACGGCGAGCCGAGCGUGGCGGUCGACUCGUUCGCGAGCCCCCACGCGGCGGCGGUCGGCUCGCUGCUCGGCCUCUGGAGCGUGAACCACUUCAAGACGCGCGGCACGGCGCCCGCGUGGGGUAAGCCCGGCCACCUGCAAGGCGGUCGGCACAUCACGCCCAUUCCCCUGCAAGGCGCCACGACCGAUGCGGAGAAGAAGCAGCUGCGCGACGACAGCGACGUGCUGAAGGACACCGCGACGCCCCUCUCCUGGUGGACCGGUGAGGUGUACGGCCGCGCGCAGAACUGGUCGCGCGAGCUGCAAGAGACGGCAGCCAACCUCUUGACGCCGACCAUCUUUGCCGAGCGCAUUGUGGCCGCGUUCAAGAACGUGCCCAACACCGAGGUGAUCGUGCGCGACGCGGACUGGGUGCGGGACCAAAAGAUGAACCUCUUCUUGUCGGUCGCCCAGGGCUCCGAGCAGCCGCUCAAGUUUGUCGAGGUGCACUACCACGGUGCGCCUGACAAGGACGCUGCGCCGCUGGCGUUUGUUGGCAAGGGCAUUACCUUUGACACGGGCGGUAUCAGCAUCAAGCCGGGUGCGGGUAUGGACCUGAUGCGUGCGGACAUGGGCGGUGCGGCGGCGGCCGUCGCGUCGACGCUCGCCAUCGCGCAGCUCGGCCUGCCGAUCAACGUGUCGACCUUUACGCCGCUCACGGAGAACAUGCCGAGCGGCAAGGCGACCAAGCCCGGUGACAUCUUUGAGGCGCGCAACGGCCUCACGGUGCAAGUGGACAACACCGACGCCGAGGGCCGUCUUGUGCUGGCGGAUGCGAUCUCCUACGCGAGCGAUGUGUACAAGCCGCACACGCUUGUCGACAUUGCGACGCUGACCGGCGCGUGCGUGAUUGCGCUCGGCGACGUCUACUCGGGUGUCUUUACCGAGUCGGAGGAGCUCUGGCAGGAGCUCAAGACCGCGAGCGAGGCCGAGCACGACCUGUGCUGGCGCAUGCCGCUCGCGGACAGCUUUCUGCCCCAGAUUUCCAAGACGAACGCGGACCUGGUCAACACCGGCGGCCGUCCCGCUGGCUCGUGCACCGCGGCAAUCUUUUUGAAGCAGUUCGUCACCGGCCUCGAGGACCGCGCCAAGGGCGAGGCGGCCAAGGUGCGCUACGCGCACAUUGACAUUGCCGGAUCGAUGGAAGCCGCGAGCAACACGAUCAACGACUACCAAGGCAAGGGCCUCACCGGCCGCCCGGUGCGCGCGCUGGUCGAGUUUGCUCGUCGUCUGUCGUACGCGUAA